ACUAGGGCCGGCCUCAUCGUAUAUAUGUGCCUCGUCGCCUUUGUUGUGCACAUUGCCAAUUGUGCACUCCGUUGGGGAGAACUGGAUCUUCUGCGAGCAGACUGGUAUCUUGGCAAGUCAGUGUUGUGGUCUUCGUGUGUGUGCACUCACGCGUGUGCAUUGCAAAAUGGGGAGCAUGUCUGGGCAUCAUUACGAUGCCUCCCUAAUUUAC